AUGCCCAAACACUCGUUCACGUUCAAGCACCUCCUUGGCGAGUCGUCCACAACACCACAUGCAAGGAGAGAGGACACGCGCGAACGCAGCGUCAAUGACCUCCUGACCUCGUCACGACAGGCAGGGCCCAGCGUGCCCCGUGACCGCCCUCCCCAUUUGGCCACCACCGUUGCCUGGACACCUGCGCCUGAAGGUGUUGCCGAUUUGGAUAGAGCAAGCGUGCAUCCAGCAGAGCUCCUCCGUCGAGAACAGGUUGCGCACGCGCAAGCCGCCCGGUCUGUCGCUGGACCCGCCCCACCGCGAUCCUGGCGGCCCGCAACCGCAGACAAGAAGGAGGAGAUGGCUGCUGCGACACCCAACAAGGUGGUAACACCAGAACUGUUACGAGAAGCAGCGGCGCAGCUUGACACUGCACGACGCCAGGGGCUGCCUCCGUCCUCACGCGGCGCAUCAUCGCUGGUAGACGCAUGCGUAUCCGUCAUCCUCCGCUCGAUGCGCGACUCGACCGUGGUAGACGAAGAAGACGGGCAAGUGGUGACCAUGGGCGACGCCAUGCUCGCUGGCGCGUGCCAGCUGGAUAUCCGCCUACGAGGCCGUGUCCUGCGUGACUCGGCCCUCCUGCUGCCAGACGACAGCAACCGGCUGGGCGACAAGCACGUUCGCGCAUUGCUGGAUUACGACCGACGACCGAAAUCAUCGGCCACUGGACAAGACCAAGAUUGGGACUGGGACUGGGAUGCCGAGCAAGGUGGCAGCGAGACGCUGCACACGUUGAGCUUGACGUGUCAUCCCAACCCGGUCCCGCUGCUCCGCGACGUGCCCCGGUUCAGCGCUCUGACGCUCACGACGCUGAACCUGGCGUUCUCGACGUUACCGGCCGACUUGGACCGGCUCGUCAACGUCCUCCCUGCGGGGCUGAGGUCUUUGGGUCUGGCAGGGGCACAGCUGCCGAAAGAAAUGCCCAACGGGUAUCUCAGCUGGGUGCUGGGUUUGGGCAACUUGGCACGCAAAAUGCUCGUUCUUCAGACUCUGGACAUAUCCUACCUCCCCAUCCCCGUCGACCCCAUCAUCCUCAUCCUCGUGGGUGCGCUCCCACAGGCACCCCAUAAGCCCAGCACCGACACGCACCUGCCUUCCCUCCGCCUCCUCUGCAUGCGCGGCACAGUGGUUGGAGAAGGGAGGGACGCACUCAAGAGACACCUCAAGGACACGAUAAAUGGCGGAGGGAGGCGGCACUGGGUGGAAGUGUUGUUUGAGUAG